GCCUGGAGCCUGGAGGCCAGGUUCCUUCUUCUACACCAGCCCACGUUGGGUGCCAGCCAGGCUGGGAUGGCCCUGCGGGGUCACCCUGAGCCCCAGCCAACCAACACCCCACUCUCAGCCACAGUGGGAGGCCCCAUCAGCCUCUUCACCCAACCACGUUGCCACUCUGCUGCACGGGACCUUGUGUGGUCCCGGGCGUGGCCAGACCCAGACGUCCUGGAGAUCUCAAUGCAGACACCCGGCGGCAGUUCCUGCAGGAAGGAGGCUGUCCUGCCACGCCUGCGGGUGACCCGGCCUCUGGUGCCAGAGCCCGCCAUCCUUCCUGUUUGUGCUGCCAGGCUGGCAGGGUCCCUUGCCACCGACCUCAGCCACAGCCACAGCCUGCUCCCUCCCUGGGUGGAUUUGAAGGAGACUCCCCCACCCUCCGCCCCUAGCUUGCUCCUUGAGGACCCUGGGCAGGGUGGCUGCCAUGGGGCCCAGUCGUGCGUGGGAACCUGCGAGCUGGCAAACGGGGCUCGGGGGUUUUGCCCAGAAAUGGGUCAGAACGAAAGCCUCUCAGAGGAAAGAGAAGGGCAUGAGUCAAAGAGAAAGUCGGGGGGCAGGGGCUCCCCCUCAUCUCACCCCACCCAGGCCUCCUGACUCCCUGGGUUUGUGUGGACCCAGGCAGGCAGCCAACCCCAGCUCCGUGGUGUGUGAGCAUCGUGAUGAUCAGGACAC